AUGAAAACAACAAAAAACAUCUAUUUCUACAAUCCACAGUUUUUUCAUGUUUUCAAUGACUGGAUAUUGGAUACUUGGGGCACAUCAAAGAAAUUUGAAGCGUGUAAGGUACCCAAUUGUAUUGUUUCAAAAGGAAAUGUUCCAAUGGAGGAAAUUGACGCAAUAAUUUUUAAACCAAGAGAUAUGGGUUACUGUCCACCAAUCAAACCUCCAAGUCAGGUGUGGAUAUUUGCUGAAUUUGAGACACCAAACUAUUAUUUUCAAACUAAGUGUUUUCAUGUUCUUAAAAAUAAAGUGAAUUGGACAAUGACAUAUCGGCGAGAUGCAGAUUUUCCUAUUGCACAUGGUUAUUUCAGGAAAAACCGCCGUCCGAAACAUACUCAGAAGGAUUUAAACGAUAUUUUUGCAAAGAAAAGUAAAACAGCGGUAGUUUUUAUAAGUCAUUGUCCAACUGUUAGCAAACGAUUACAGUUUAUAAAAAUAUUACAAUCACACGGUAUACAAGUAGAUGUUUUCGGUUCCUGUGGAACUAAGCUUAUAAAGUGUGACAAUGAAGGGAGGUAUCAAGCUAGUUUUAACGUAUCUGGUAAACUGAAGCCUGAUUGCUUCGGUACCUUUCUUUUACAAUAUAAGUUUUUUCUUUCGUUAGAAAAUUCCCUUUGUAAAGAUUACACGACAGAAAAAUCUCUCCACCGUGUGAUGCAACAUCCAAUUAUACCAGUGAUUCGGGACGGAGGAAACGCCUCUAUGUUCCAUCCUCCUCAUUCCUAUCUAAACACGAACGACUAUGAAUCAGUAAAGGAGCUAGCCGAGCACAUGAAGAUGUUGGCUGGUAAUAGGGAAGCGUAUUUACAAUAUUUUAGAUGGAAACAACACUAUCAUACAGAGGACAUGUACCAAGAUUGGAAUUCGGCAUUCUGUAGCAUAUGUGAAAGACUCCACAAUCCUGAAAGCUACAAGAGAGUUUAUCGUGAUAUCGCAGCUUGGCACAUAUCACCAGCUGGAAAACAUGUGUGUCAUGCCCCUACUGAUCUCAACUCAUUUAAAGGUGUCUGA